GCGUCCUGUGCUGCACCCUGCACGGGCCAGCCUGCGACACUCAGCUGCCCACUUGGUCGGCAACACAGACUCCGAGCAGAAAUUGGUUGGAAGGAUGCCUCAAUGCGCAACGGAGUGCGAUUUCGUUAUCGUCGCAACAGAGGAAGCUGGGAUGGCUGGGAACCCCUCUUUGCAAGGCCCCGGGCGCGUUUGCGACACAGAGAUCCGUCUCGACGGCUGCGAUGAGAUGUUGCCUUGUGGGGCAGGCGUGUACGAUGCAUGCAAGUACGAUUUGAGCGACUGCAUGAACGUGCCAAGGAGCGGAACAUGUACCAUCCGAUGCCGCUAUCCUUACGCGGGCCCGGAUUUCAACGCAAGCUGCCCUUCUGAGAACAUCUUGGCUGCUUUGUCGGCACUGGCGAAGUCUGGGAUCUUUGGGGCGAAUGAUGGCCUUCUCUGGGACGAGGACCAAUGUGUGUUGGCAGAGUGCCCAGAUCCGAACAUCACGGAAGAGAGCUCCUUUGUGUGGGAUGGGUCGGCCUUUGUCUGUCGAGCUGGCUUUGUGGGCGAACCUGCCCGGCGCUGUUCCGCCAUCGGCUCGCCGCCGGACUGCCGCGCUGAGGCCGUGUUCGAUGGCUGCGUGCCCACCCAGCCAUGCACAGCACCCAAUGCAGAUCCAUGCCGCUACGAGUUGGACGAGUGCUCGAUGUUGGGACCAGGUGAGGCCUGUGUGCUGUCAUGCAAGUUUCCAUACAUUGGGACUUCCAAUGCCAGCGAUGACGGUAUGGAAGGUUACUCUCUUUUUGAACCGGACGUUUCCCCGUAUCCCUGCCAGCCGAGCGUCGCCGAUGGGACGAGCAGGGAGGGUGCUAUUGGCUUUGUGAAUACAUCGCAGGAUAUGAACGUUUCCAUUCAUUCGGUGAGCGGGAGGAAGUUACAGAUUCUGGUCAGGCCGGGGACUGCAGUCCUUUGCCUCAAGGCUGAAAUUGCAAGGUUCUGGCAGAUUCCAGAGGUAUGUCAAAAUCUGCUUCUGGGAGCAAGGACCUUGCAUAACAAGGAUUUGCUGUCUGCGGAUCUGUCUCCAGGUGUGACAUUUUUGGAGCUGACGCUGCUGAUCUCUGCUCCGCCUUGCUGUGCAUCAAGAAGUCUUCCUCCGUCUCGUGUGGUUUAUCUGCAUGAGCCCUACAAACAGGGACACAGGUCUGAUGGGCCUUUGCCGAAUCUGUCCGUGUUGGAAGCUGACGUGACAAGUUACGGGCCCUUAGAAGAAUUGGGAAGCAGACACCGUUCUCGAAAGGGGCGCUGCGCGUGCCAGCUUCCCAGCACAUGCCCACAUUGCAAGCGCUUGUUGCUCUGUGUCGGGAAUGAAGUUGCGGCAGUAGUGAAGUUGCACCUUCACCGUAUGGCAAAGUCCUUUGCUGGAGCCCUGAAUUUUCUGCUCGAUGAGCAUGGUCUAUGCCUUCAUGAAGUGGACGGUUGCUCGACAUCCUGCUUGUCACUGGAGGCAGAGUCUUUGCAGUCCUUCGACGGCAUCACAGCAGUUUUCCCGAAGGUCACGGAGUUUUCCUACCGUGGCGAGUGGUCGGGGCGUGGGCGGCAAGGUGUCCUACGCAGCCUCCGAGCCUGGCGACCGACUCUUCGGAGCCUUAGAAUUGAGAUCCUGCCAGGUGAGAGCUCUUCCGGAGCCUUAAACCUGGGAAGCAUCGAAUUGCGAAAUUUCAGUGUCUUGGAAGAUGUCCGCUUGCAUCUCCCGGCCGCCUCAAGGAGGCAUCUGGCUGCACUUUCCAACCUCACCGGCCUCCGGCAACUCAUAUUCUGGGGGACGGACGAAAUCACUUCGGAUCGUGAUCUGAAGAACAAGGCAUAUGGGACUUUGGACUUUUCUGGCUGUCAGUUGCUGAAGCUCCUUGCCUUCAGGUCAAUGGCCUUCUGUCUUCCAGAUGAGCAAGAUCAUCAUGGCUGCAUGGCGCUCGCUCUGCCGUCAUCUUUGGAAGAGCUGGUGAUUGUCAACGACAUGGAUGCGCUGUCUGGCUUGACACCCAGGCUGCGUCGUGAUAUCUUGGGGCAGCCGUUUCGAUUGGCUGAGUAUGCCCCAGAAAAGAACUUGAGCUAUGAAGACCGGCAAGCUUUCAAGCUCAUCUGCACAGCAACCCAGACACCCAGAAGAGUUCUGUGGGAGGUCGAUGCCUCAUUCACCUUGCAAUCUGCUGAAGAGAUGGAGGCAGCAAGGGAAUGCCGGCUGCAGAUGUUAGCAGACCAAGCCACUGAGCACCAUCGAAAGCAGAUUGAGCUUCUAGCGAUGUUGGGCCUCAAGCCAUCAAGGGACGCUCCUUUCCAUGAAGGCGAGAUGGUGUGGUACAUUAGCAUCUUAGGACAUCCCCUUCUGAGACGGUGCUGUGUUCGCAGGGUUGCACCCACCCCGAGGGAUGGGAAUGACGAGUUUGCCUACGACAACAUCUACCUGACUUACUUGCUUGUGUCUCCGGACGGCGAAGAAGCAGCCCCAACAGAGAUUGAAGCAGACCCAAUGUUCAUUUUCAGAUCGCAGCCGACGCCGUCCACGUUCCCAGGCUAUGAGAAGGUCGGGAACUCCUGGCAAUGUGCAGCCGGAUAUGCUGGGCGGGCCCAUGUUCACUGUGCCGCAGCCUCGCCUGUUGUCAUCAAUGAGACGGAGGUCAUCAACGAAACUUGCGGUUCUUACAUGACGCCUGCCGCAAUUCUUUGGAAUCUCUCGGGCUGCAUGCAGAUCCAACCUUGCCAGCCUCCAACUUACAUCGACAAGUGCAUGUACGAGGCCGUGAAUUGCGAGGAUUUGCCAUCGGGUGGCUCUUGUGCUAUCAUCUGCCGCUAUCCAUUCUAUAGCCCUGAUGUCUACGAAGAUGGCCUGUUCUGCCCGCAGGACAAUGUGGACCCAUUGAAGGAGGUGGAAGUUCGUCAGAUUCCGACUUGUGAGCUCUUCUGUCCAAGCCCGCCGCCACCGCCGGGCUACAUCAAGCUUCAUGACUUGUUGCUGGAAACCGAGAACGGUACGGAGAUCAACAGGGAUCCGGCCUACACCUGUGCACCUGGCUGGACUGGCACACCGAAUCACACCUGCUCUGUGAACAGCACCACUUGUGCUGUUCCAGCGACAUUGCAAGGGUGCUUCCAGAUGCUGCCAUGCAUGCCUAUCGACCCUCGCUCCUUCGAUACAUGCACUUUCAACAUCACGGAGUGCGAAGAGAAGAGCCAGACGAACAUCGCGGAGUACACGGGCCCUGCACCAGGGACGAUAUGCCAGCUUUCGUGCAGGGAGCCGAUGCGAGGAGACGUCACGACUGCCUCCUGUGUGGAGCGGAACAUCGAUCCCAGACGAAGAAUGGAGUACGACUUGCCUACGUGCAACAUGUAUUGCCCAGCACCAGAGGUAAUACCAGAAGGUUACGUCCAUCUAGGUGCCACAGCUGGCAAUGUUUCCAACAGUACAAUCCAGCUGCCUGACGGUGCGAACGUGGCCAGCGUAGAAUACCGCUGCGCGCCCGGCUAUGCUGGUCUGGCGCAGAUCUCCUGCCACUUGCAAGGAUCCUACAGCAGUGCCACCGGGACAGUGGAAUGCGUCACCGUGACGUCCUUUUCUGGCUGUGCUCCGUCGCAGCCAUGCGUGGCCCCAGUGGUGGACUCGUGCCGCCAUGACGUCUCGGCAUGCCGGAACCUGCCUCCAGGGCAGAGUUGUGAGGUAAGCUGCACUCCACCUUUGGUGGGACUUCCGAGCACGUUCCACUGUCCGGCAGACAACGUGGAUUCGACGCAGCUUGUGCUGGGAGAGCUUCCUUCCUGCCGCUUCCCCUUCGGCUGCGAGGAGCCCGUACCUCUGACCCAAGGCUACGUCAAGGUGAAUGAGAGCAGCUACGAGUGUGCUGAAGGCUACGUCGGAGAGGCAGAGUGGGACUGCUAUCUCGCCCGGUUCUGUGCCCCGAUGCUCAUCCUCUCCGGAUGCCACGAGUUGGUGCCUUGUGCUUUGCCAGCUCCAGAGGACCAGAUCUGCGGCCUGAACUACACCGCAUGUACCGGGACCGGCCCGGGGCAGAUGUGCCGAGUCCCCUGCUUGGCCGGCUACAUUGAAAACACCUCCUACGUCUGGGAGGAGGAUGAGAUGGAAAUGGAAGAGCAGAUGAUGACCAACAACAUCUCGAUGGCUGGUCUCCCCGACAAUGCCACAGAACCCAGCUGCCCAGCAGGCAACAUUGACCCCACGAAAGUCAUCGAAUUUGAGCGCAUCCGCUGCGAGUUCCAGGUUUGUAUCGACCCACAUCCUACACCACUGGGCUACACGAAGCUGCCAAACGGGACGUGGACCUGUCAGCGAGGAUUCGUUGGAGAAGUCGUCAAGGAGUGCCACGUGUGCAACGCAUCGCUGGCCUUGUCAGGAUGCAUGCCAGUUAUGCCAUGCGUGGCGCCAGUACUCCCCGAUGAUCAGUGCAUGCUGGACCUCUCGAACUGCACGUUUCUGAACCCUGGAGACAGCUGUGAGAUUGCCUGCCAGUGGCCGUUUGCUGGCUCGCUGCCUUCGUAUGGACGCAUGCAGCGGUUUCAGAAUGACGGCGUUUGUCCUUCGGACAAUACGGAUCCAACCUUUGAGUUCAACUUCACCAUGCCCCACUGCGAGCUGACAUGCCAUUCUCCGGAUCCUGUCCCCGAAGGCUACGUGUUGGCCGAGUCUGGCGAGUGGCAAUGUGCGGAAAGCUACAGCGGCAAGGCAGAAUACCACUGCGAGUUGAUGUCGGAAUGCUGGUCGAUGGCAUCACUCUCUGGUUGCCGCGCGUCCUUGCAAUUCACUCUACUUUCUGCCAUGUUUUGA